AAUACAUUAAAACCCUUGCUUCAAUCUCCGAUCGUUGCUUAAACCGUGACCUUCGCCGGCGAUCAAGAGCUCACUUUAGGAGGAAAAAUGAAUGUCAAACAAGUUCCAAACGUUCCUGGAUCCCCUGCACUCUCUGCCUUGCUUAAGGUCGGUGUUAUUGGUGGGCUUGGACUCUAUUGCAUUGCUAACAGCAUGUAUAACGUCGAAGGAGGACACCGUGCCAUCGUGUUUAACCGGUUAACCGGUAUCAAAGAUAAGGUUUAUCCAGAGGGCACACAUUUUAUGAUACCAUGGUUUGAAAGACCAAUUAUCUAUGAUGUUCGUGCACGUCCUUACCUUGCGGAUAGCCAAACUGGAAGUAAUGAUCUUCAAACGGUUUCAGUUGGUCUUAGGGUUCUUACACGUCCUAUGGGAGACCGCUUGCCCGAGAUUUACAGAACACUUGGUGUGAAUUACGGAGAGCGAGUUCUCCCUUCCAUCAUCAAUGAAACACNCAAGAAGCAUUUUAGUAAUCAAUCAGUAAAUCUGAUUAAAUUUUAA